UGUGCUUGCGUGGAGGAAGCCGCCUGCGUAGCCGCGAGGGGGAGUGGAUGGAUAUUGAAGCGGCCUUUGGAUCCUGGAGGGAUGGUUGGCUAUGAUCCCGAUUCCCAGUGCACUUCCCUCUCAGCAGUGGAAAUAGCAGUAGCAGGAUCUGCAUCUGGGUUGGUCACUCGGGCACUGAUUGGCCCCUUUGACGUUCUAAAGAUCCGUUUUCAGCUUCAGAUAGAGCAACUGUCUUCCAGAAAUCCACAGGCUAAAUAUUAUGGUAUCUGGCAGGCUGUUUGCCAAAUUUUGGGGGAGGAAGGGCCGAAGGCUUUCUGGAAGGGCCAUGUCCCAGCUCAGCUCCUCUCGGUCAGCUUUGGAGCUGUCCAGUUCGUCAGCUUUGAGUUUCUAACCAAGUUGGUGCAUGAUGGCACAUUGUACCACGCCCGUGACUUUGGUGUGCAUUUUACCUGUGGUGGUUUGGCUGCUUGUGCUGCCACCAUAACUGUUCAGCCCCUUGACACACUGCGAACCCGCAUGGCUGCCCAAGGAGAGCCAAAGAUUUACAGGAACCUCCGCCAUGCUGUGCUCAACAUGUAUCAGAAGGAAGGGCUGCUGACCUUUUAUCGGGGCCUCAACCCGGCAAUGAUUGCAAUUAUCCCCUAUGCUGGCCUCCAGUUCUCCUUAUAUAACUCUCUGAUGAGACUGCACAAAUGGAUUGUUCCAGGUGAUGGAUCAAAAACAGGUAGCGUCAAAAGCUUUGUGUGCGGCAGUUGUGCUGGAGUCAUCAGCAAAACCCUCACUUACCCAUUCGACCUGUUCAAGAAGCGACUGCAGGUGGGAGGCUUUGAGCAAGCCCGGGCAGCCUUUGGGCAGGUGCGGACGUACAGCGGUUUAAUGGACUGUGCCCGGCAGAUUGCGCAGGAUGAGGGAGCCAGGGGAUUUUUCAAGGGCCUCUCGCCAAGCCUGCUGAAGGCUGCGUUCUCGACAGGCUUCACCUUUUUCUGGUAUGAGUCCUUCUGCCGCCUGAUGCGUGCCCUGAAGGAGGCGAACAGCUCUAAGAGGCGGGAAGACUGA